CUGCUAGCUCAAAGUCAAGCAUACUCAAUAGGGCGAAGGCUGGAUUUUGUUUGGCUUCACUUUCAAGCAACUGUCGCAAAAUUCACAAUGGUUUGAGAUUCCCUUUCCCCCCCCCCCCCCCCCCCGAUUGAUUAAUCUAGGUAGCGACAUAUCAGGAAAUUCAAUCAUAUAUCAUGCUAUUUUAGGAAAGGGGACAAUUUUUUUUGGACAUCCUAAAAUAGUAUAAUGUGAGUAUGUGACUAUCAACUCCAUACCGAGGGAGUGUACAAUUUGAAAGUAGACAAGUAUUCAUAAAUGAUUAUGAUACUACCGCUCUUUGAUUAUUGUAGAAAUUGCUAACUAGGCUGUGCACAUGUAUGGCCAGUCAACUUUUGAGUACCUGCUAAACACUUAGACAAAGAACUUGUUCUUUCUUUUACUCUUAACGUGCUAACUAUAAUGUAGCACAGGAAGGAGAAACAAUCAAAUAUGUCAACAGUAUUUUUCCUCUGCUAUAAUAUUCUCCAUCUUCAUCUUUUUGCUUCUGCCAAUUAUAUUCCUGAUUAUUCUUGAAUCUUGAUCUUUCCUCUUCGAGUUUCCAAGUUCUCGAGUUGUUAGGUUGUUUGUCUUUCCGUUCCGAUUCUAAGUGCUAGCAUAGUUCAAAAGUCAGAGCUAAUCUUUCAUUCAUAUUAUUGGUUUUGAUAAUAUAUUAGACUUUCACCAAUACUUACUUGGUUCAGAAUUCUGCAUUUUCACAAGAUGACCGUCAUUCAGGACGUUGAAAGUAGUUCAGAAAGGGGUAGCUCGAUUGACUUGAAUGAUGAAAAAGUUCCUUUGUUGGGUCACAAGAGAGCCUCUUUUGGUAGUUCAGUUUUUAAUUUGUCAUGCACCAUAGUUGGUGCUGGAAUCAUGAGCUUACCUGCUGCUAUGAAAGUAUUAGGUGUUGUUCCUGGUGUCAUUUUGAUUAUAGUUGGUGGAUUUUUGACUCAGGCUUCGAUUGAGUUCUUGCUUCGGUUCAGCGAUGCAUCUUGUUCAUUUUCUUAUUGUUCUGUCAUGGAAGAUGCAUUUGGUAGAGUCGGUAAGUUCUUAGUGCAGCUCUGUGUUGUUGUCAAUAAUAUCGGCAUGUCCAUCAUUUACCUAAUCAUAAUCGAGGACGUGCUCUCUGGAUCAACAACUUCAAGUGGGAUUCAUCACCCAGGUGUACUAGAAGAUGGGUUUGGACAACAAUGGUGGACUGAGCGCGCCUUUGUGCUACUCAUCCUGACCCUCUUUGUAUUCAUGCCUUUGAUAUGGUGUAAGCGUAUAGAUUCAUUAAGAUACACUUCAGCUGUAGCAGUUGCACUAGCAGUGUUCUUCAUAGUUGUGGUAGUUGCAAUCUCAGCUUUUAAACUAGUAAAGGGGACUAUACAGGAACCUGCAUGGUUUCCGCGUAUUAAGGACUUAGAAUCGUUUUGGAAUCUCUUCACUGCUGUACCUGUUCUUGUUUGCGCUUACCUUUGCCACUUCAAUGUUCACCCAAUACAAAAUGAGCUGAAAGAUCCAUGUGAGAUGCAAGCAGUAGUUAGAACAUCUCUGUCCCUCUCUGGAACAGUAUACUUGCUAACAGGCUUAUUUGGGUUUUUGCUAUUCGGGGAUUCCACUGCAUCCGAUGUGCUAUCCAACUUUGACACGGAUCUAGGUGUUCCCUACAGCUCAUUCAUGAACAACAUUGUUCGUGUCAGCUAUGCAGGACAUAUCAUACUGGUGUUCCCCAUUAUCUUUUAUUCCUUGAGACUUAAUUUUGACGGUCUAAUGUUUUGCCAAACAAGGCCUCUAGCUUCAGAUAAUUGGAGAUUUACAGUAGUGACGUUAAUACUGAUGUCUGUGAUCCUGUAUGGAGCUAUAUUCAUCCCUAGUAUCUGGCAGGCCUUUGAGUUUACUGGAGCCACUGCUGGAUCCUUGCUCCUCUUUAUAUUCCCUGCUUCCAUCGUUCUCAAGGACCGGCAUGGCAUAGCAACGACAAGGGACAACAUUUUAGCAGUCUCGUUGAUCGUUGUGGCGGUGUUUGCAGAUGGGAUUGCUAUUUACAGCAACGCGAGCUCUUUGAUUACAAAGCGUUCAUGAUCAGCCUAUAUGCUUCUUCAUUGUGUUACACCAUGAACCAACAACAGGGUGUUUAAUUGGGUCUUAUUUUGAAAUGUAUUUAGGGAAAAAGAAGGGGGGCAUUGGAUUAUAUUUCCUCACAUUUUGCGCAAUUUUGAUGGUGCAGGCGUGUGCACUUUUUGUACGAUUUAGUACAUUAUUUUUUUACGAACGAUUAUGUUCGUAGCAAGUCUAGCGGCUGUAACCUGACUAACUAUUCAGAGUAUAUUGCACAUUGUUAAAACACGGUUGCCUUGUGCCGUGCUAUUCUGCCAAGUUCAAAGGGCCGUAUUAUAGCAUGAUACACGUGCUUUGAGAUGGCAUUUUCGGGUAGCCCACCGCCACCAUUAUAAUAAAGAUGUGUUUAGACUGCGUAA